AUAAAAACUGUAAAAUAUUAAAAGACAAAAAAAAAAAACAAAAAACCCUGCAAUAAUAGGAGCUAGGGUUGAAUUGAAUGGGUUGAUCAAUCAGAAUUCCAAAUUUCAAUUUCAAUCGUGGUUAUGGAUUCUCUGCUAGCAAGCUACGCCUCUUCAGACGAAGAAGAAGAACAACAACCAAUCCCAUCCAAAACGACGUCGUCUUCUUCUUCAUCCCUCUUCUCUAUCCUCCCUCAACCUAAAUCAUCUUCUUCCUCUUCCCUUUUCAACUCUCUUCCCCCUCCCAAACAAUCCUCUUCCGAUACUGCAACCAACAACACACCCUCUUCUAUUAUUCCCUCCAUCUCUUCUCUCCCAAAACCUAAUUCCCAAAUCCAACCACCCAAACCCAAAAGGGUCGUUCAAUUCAAACCCCCAAUUAUUCCAUUACCAAAACCCACCGAAAUUGAAGACGAAGAUGAAGAUGAUGAAGAAGAACAAGAACGAAUUAGAAGAAGAAAGUUGCAGUCUUCAAUUCAAGCCCCAUCGGUGAAAUCAUUCUUAUCCAGCAUUCCAGCUCCUAGAAACUCUUCUACUCUUGGUGUUCAAUCAAGCUCUGGUUCUGGCCGGAGAUCAAUCCUCGAAACCAGUACACCAGCUCCGGCAUUGGCACAAACCUCUGCUCAUUCUGCCGCGGCAGAGAGCGAUGUUGCGGUUGAUCAAAAUACAGGCGAUUAUGAAAAUUAUGAAAAUUACCAAUAUGCCACUGAUCAGCAUGAUAGUUAUGGGAAUUACCAAUAUGCUACUCACCAGUAUGAUAGUUCUGGUGCUGGUGCUGGUGCUAGCACUGGCACUGCUUCGAAUGGUGAUGGCUAUGCGAGUUAUGGUGCUUAUGAGGAUUAUGGGCAAUAUGAAAAUAAGUGGAUUGAUAGGUCGGUGCCAGCGGAGGAGGUUCCUGAGAUUAGUGAGAGUGUGUUGAAGUUUACUGGGAAAAGAGGUAGGAAAGAUGUGCCCGUGGAAGUGAUUGAGGUGAAGCAAGAUGAGUUGAUGAAGGACAGACCAAGAGAGGAUAAAGCCAAGCUAACUGGAUUAGCUUUUGGACCUUCUUACCAGCCUGUUUCGGCAAAGGGGAAGCCUUCAAAGCUGCUUAAGAGGAAGCAUCAAAUUGGUUCGUUGUACUUUGAUAUGAAACAAAAUGAAAUGAAACUAGCUGAGCGCCGUGCAAAGGGCAUGCUUACCAAAGCUGAAACACAAGCAAAAUAUGGAUGGUGAUUUGGGGAUGCUGCUGUAAUUUUACUGUAACAUGAUUUACAAAGUGAAUUUUCAAUUGUAGCUGCAGCUCUUAUGUUUGUGUAUGUAUACAAUAGAUUUACUCCGUUUUCUGCGCAAAGGAUGAAAUUUAUCAUAUAAUCUUACUGUGGAAUGAAGUAGAAUUUUAUUCCUUGUGAUGAAUAAAUCACAUUUCUUUCAUGUGAA